AUCACAAACCCCAUGCCCAGAUUGCUAAAAUGACUUUUCUUACUCAGCAUGCUAGCAUCAUGCUUAAAAGGCAUACAUACCAAAUACCGAAUACCCUCUCGAGAACUCUUCCGUUCCUCUUUCUGCCGCUUAUCUGGCAUGGUCACCGGUCAUCACUUUAUGUGACUAGUCCACAACCUUACAUGAAGAAGAGAACGCUCCAAUUUCCUUCUAGGCUCUUAUCAUCAUCAUUACCGCGCCUUAGUCUUGGUACUCAAGACUCUAAACGUACUCCAUGGUGGCCCAUUAGAUGGAAUGAUGCCGACUUAAUAGAGAAGAAUAUGCAUGAUUUGGGCUUCCAGACGUGGGGGAUUGUUAUCUACCGUUGCACUUACAAGAGCGACUCUGACUGGGAAGAAUUCUUGUCUCGUUUUCUCCACAAGGUUCGGACGUCACUAGAAUCUUACGAUGGUCUGGACUUGCUUGAUUCCUUCAGGCCGACAGUGAUGGACGACAAGACACAGUUCGACGGGGUGACUCCGAACAUUGUACGGGAUCAUUUUAAUAGGUGGUCCGCUACCGCGUGUGAAGCUGAGCAAGGAGUUCCACUUACUGACUACCGAUGGCAUUCCACGGCACGGUACGGACUUUGCAUCAUGGUGGAUGACGAAUCCUUGAGGUCUGUUCUGGAAAUCCCGCUUGAGUCGCUGGAUCAAUGGAAUAACAGCGGAUUUGUGAUUCUUGUUAAUGGUAGGUAUGAGGUGGACCGGGCCAGUAUAGAGGAAUCUGAUGAGAAGAUAGAGGAUGAUGACUAUGAGCCUUUACAUGGAUGCACAUAUGAAGAUGUUGGCUGGAUGAAGGUGUGCUAUGAUAUGGCUCAGGUAUAUGCUUGCGCUCAUUUGGGAGCAAGCUCUUGGUGGGAGGAGGACUAUAGACGGCCUCCUGAAAUUGCCCUUGGGUUGAUGUAAAGAAUUUCUUUCCAUAUUAGGGCUAUCUUUUAUAUUUAGUUAUUCUGUAUAACCAUGCAGAUUAUACAUUGAAUGCUCAAAU